AAUGAGUAAUACACUCAUCUGGGCGGGGUCCGCCUCCAUGCUUGUAUGUGUCUUCGUGGCACUUUACACCAUGAUGGGUCUUCUUACUGACAUCAAACAACUUCAAUCUGAUUUCGAUGACGAGAUGUUUGAAUUCCGCGCCAUUACUAAAGACACCUGGCAAAGGAUCGUCACAAAACACACUUAUCCAGGUGGCGUCGACGAAGAAACAAUCGAAUCUCAUCCACCAACAUUCGAGACUCUUUUCGGAACACGUAAGGCCCGUCAAGCUUAUCCAGAACAAUGUAACUGUGGACCAAAGUCUGAGGGAUGCCCAGCAGGACCACCAGGGCCACCUGGAGAGGGUGGACAAAGUGGAGAGCCAGGACAUGAUGGAGAUGAUGGAAAGCCUGGUGCACCAGGAGUUAUUGUUGCAAUUACUCACGAUAUUCCAGGAGGAUGUAUUAAGUGCCCACCAGGACGUCCAGGACCACGAGGACCAUCAGGACUUGUCGGACCAGCAGGACCAGCUGGAGAUCAAGGAAGACACGGACCACCAGGACCAACAGGAGGACAAGGAGGACCAGGAGAGCAGGGAGACGCCGGUCGACCAGGGGCAGCUGGACGUCCAGGGCCACCAGGACCACGCGGAGAGCCAGGAACUGAGUAUCGUCCAGGACAAGCCGGAAGAGCCGGACCACCAGGACCCCGUGGACCACCAGGACCAGAAGGAAAUCCAGGAGGAGCUGGAGAAGAUGGAAAUCAAGGACCAGUUGGACAUCCAGGAGUUCCAGGAAGACCAGGAAUUCCAGGAAAGAGUGGAACAUGCGGAGAGCACGGAGGCCCAGGAGAACCAGGACCAGACGCUGGAUACUGUCCAUGUCCAGGACGUAGCUACAAGGCCUAAACUCUUGAAUUGUUCAAUAAAACUUGUGUGCAAUU